GACUAAAAAAGGAAUCAAACAUUGUAAAUAUGUGGUUGAAAUAUUUUGGAAGACCAGAGUGGGGAAGAAAAUUUAACAUCAAAUCCAGAGCAGUUUCUGGGAAAGAGCUGGGGCCAGGAGCAAAAUUCAUCACUAGAACAAAGACUACUCUACAAGGUUAGCAAUCCUAGCUGAGUCCUGGGGGCUCCAUUCCCACCUCAACCCACAAAAUGAGGGCCUCCAGCCCAUUUAAGCAAUCUCCACCCAAAUUCCACACCAAUUAUAUGGGGGAUCUGGUUCCACUGCCCUCUUUCUAUCCACCACCCAGCUGAAAAUACUUUAUUAAUGAGAGGGCAGUAUAAAGCCACAGGUUACAUCUAUUUGGAGACAAACCAGAGAACAGCUUGGCACCAGCCACACAUGAAGUCCGACCCUCCUCCAGCAAGGACCCAUUGAGGCUGUACCUCCCUCUAAUUACCAUGGUGCCUGGCUCAGGGCCUGGGCAGUUAUUUAGAGAAUCGUUGCCUGUUUCUAGCAUAGAUAUCCAUGAAGCUGGUGCUGAAGCACAGUCUGCUCACAGCCUGCUUUCUAAAGCCAUCAUCUUCUCACUCUAUCCCAGGACAUCUCUUGCCACCUCUGCACCCCCAAGCUCUGCAGCAUCAUGUCGCUCGCACACACAGCCGCUGAGUAUAUGCUCUCUGAUGCCCUGCUGCCUGACCGCAGGGGCUCCCACCUCAAAGGACUGCGCCUAGAACUUCCCCUGGACCAAAUAGUCAAGUUUGUUGCUGUAGGCUUCCCCUUGCUGCUGAUGUCCUUGGCAUUUGCCCAGGAGUUUUCCUCUGGGUCUCCAAUCAGCUGCUUCUCUCCCAGCAACUUCAGUGUCCGGCAGGCCGUAUUCGUGGACAGUUCCUGUUGGGACUUACUUGUUCACCAUGAACAGGAUGAGGCUGGCCAGUACAAAAUCAAAUCUCUCUGGCCUCACAAGGCUCUCCCCUACUCCCUGAUGGCCCUAGCUGUGGCGAUGUACCUGCCAGUACUGCUAUGGCAGUAUGCAGCUGUGCCAGCCCUCAGCUCAGAUCUGCUGUUCAUCAUCAGCGAACUGGACAAAUCCUAUAAUCGCUCCAUCCGCCUGGUACAGCACAUGUUGAAGAUCCGACAGAAGAGCUCUGACCCCCAUGUCUUCUGGGAUGAACUAGAGAAGGCCCGGAAAGAAAGAUACUUUGAAUUUCCCUUGCUAGAACGGUACCUGGCAUGCAAGCAGCGCUCACAUUCACUAGUGGCCGUCUAUCUCCUAAGGAACUCCCUCUUGCUCCUCUUCACCUCAGCCACUUAUCUGUACCUUGGUCAUUUUCAUUUGGAUAUCUUCUUCCAAAAAGAAUUCAGCUGUUCCAUCAAGACAGAACUGCUACAUGAUGAGACACAUGUCCCCGAUCUGAUCACAUGCAGGUUGACCUCCCUAUCCAUUUUCCAGAUUGUUAGCCUCUCUAGUGCAGUAGUAUACACUCUAUUGGUUCCAUUAAUAAUAUACAACCUCACACGGCUAUGUACAUGGGACAAACGACUCCUAUCCAUCUAUGAGAUGCUCCCAGCUUUUGAUCUUCUCAGUAGGAAGAUGCUAGGAUGCCCUAUCAACGACCUCAAUGUGAUCCUUCUUUUCCUCCGAGCUAAUAUCUCUGAGCUCAUUUCUUUUAGCUGGUUGAGUGUCUUAUGUGUAUUGAAGGACACAACCACCCAGAAGCAUAACAUUGACACUGUGGUUGAUUUUAUGACUUUAUUGGCUGGCUUAGAACCUUCCAAACCUAAACAUCUUACCCAACGAGUAUGUGAUGAACACUUAUAGUUAAGGGGGAAAAAAAAUCUCUGUAUUGAGAACUUUUGUGAAAAUUAAGUCUCUUACCUUCUU